AUGACAAUAACUUUAAAGCUAUUUCAGCUGUCUAUUAACAAAUUAUUUCCAUCAUCAGCAAAAUGUUUACCUAAAAAUAUUGCAAUAGCAUUGUCAGGAGGACCAGAUUCUAUGCUACUAGCAUGGCUAUUCACUAAAUAUAAAAAUUCAUUAUCUCAGUCCAGAGAUCUUAAUAUACACGCUAUAACAAUUGAUCAUGAUUAUCGGCCGGAAUCUGCAUCAGAAGCGUUAAGCUUAACCAAGUGUAUGAAUCGGUGGGGUAUUAAUCAUAUAAUCAAGAAAAUCGAUUAUGAAGUUGAUGAUCCAAAGACUAUUACUAAUUUUGAGGAAGUUGCAAGAACUAAAAGAUAUGACUUAAUGAACCAAAUUUGUAAUGAGUUGGAUAUACCAGUAUUAUUCUUGGGACAUCAUAGAGAUGAUCAACUAGAAACUUUUGUUCAAAGAUUACAAGGUAAUUCUUCAAUAUUUGGAUUAGCUGGCACUAGAAUGACUGCAAUUAUGCCCUUAGCAAGAGAUUUAACACCGCUUGAAUUACUGAAGUAUAAAAAAGUUAGACUAAUGAGACCAUUAUUGGGGUUUGAUAAAGGAGAUAUAUUGGAGACUUGUCAAGAAAAUCAAAUUCCUGUUAUAAUAGAUCCAACCAAUUUAGACAUAAACUUAACAAAGAGAAACUAUUUAAGAAAUUUAUUUGGAGAGAUUCUACCUAACAAGUGCAAUGAGUUUAAAGUGAAAAAUGGUAACACAACAUCAUUUCCAUAUGAGUCGAUCAUGAAAAAAGAGUUAAUUAAUACUCAACAAGUGUGUAUCAAUUUAGUUGACUCUUUGGAGGAAAAAGCUCACAAUUUAUAUCUAUGGCUUGUGGGGGCGAACUUGUUUCAUGAAUAUCCAAGUUUUAGUAGAUUGUUAAUCGAAUUACCAAAGAAAUGCUUUGAAGGAUCCAAUAAAUUUAUCACUAGCAGGUUUUUAUAUCAAAAGUUAUACCCUUACUCAACUUUGAAACAUUACCACUGGGCGUAUACCAAGUUGGAGAGACAGCUAAUUCCUAAAAUCGACCAUUGGUUAAGAAGUAAUCCCACAAAUGCUUUCAAAUGCACCAUGAUGAAUUUAAAAUUUGAAGUAUCAACCAAGAAUUCAUCAAUAGUCAUGGAUAUUAAUAAAACUCCUUUAACACGACUGGAAUUAAUAAAAGUUGAAAGAGUUGUACAAAUAACCAAUGGUUGGUCAGAAUGGAUUUUAUUUGAUAAAAGAUUUUGGCUACGUUUCAAAUUGAAAAAGAAGAAUCAUACAACUAUCAAGAUUAUACCAUACUUUCAUAAGCUGCAUCAUUCUAUGAUUGACAAAAGUCUAAGCGAGCAAUUUGAAUUUGAUGGCAGAUUAAAUUCAUUACCAGUAAUUAUAAAUAAUGAUAAAAUAAUAGCAUUACCAACAUCAAAUUCACACAUUGAUGAUAUAGAUUGUGAAUGGCAAUUGAAGUACAAUAAAUUUGAUUAUAAUAAAAAAUAG